ACGUUCUAACUAAAUUAAAGUUCCACUGACACUCUUUCCCACAAGAAAUGGACUAUUCAUCUAUUGACUAGUCUUUACCUCGAGAAGAGACAUUUGGAAUCAUUAAAACAUUUUCGUAUCUCCUGUCUGCUGAUAAGAAUCUUUUAUUCCUCUGACAACAAAAAAUAGCAGCCCGUUUAUAAGCGCUUUCGUAUGAGUAUUAAAUUCCAAAUUUUAAUUAGAAAUGUGUUUGGUGUAAGCCAAUGAUUGAUUCGAAAGACAAGAGUCGCUUCAUCAACGAAAUGGUAUUCCCCUGAAGACAAACCAGCCGAAUUGAGAUUAAUUGCUUGACGAAGACAGUUAAUUUGCAAUUCAAAGUAUACGGAAUUUUCCUUUUUCUUGGCAUUCAUGAAUUACCGUAGAACAAGAUAACAUUAGUAGAGCCGAGGAAGAAAAAGGAAUUAUCUAAACGAGACAACACGCCUGAAAACAAAAUCGAAAACAAAAAUAACAUCAAAAACUGCCUGAGGGAACAACUUGUCCAUGCAAGUUUAUUAAGCUGUAAUAUCACUUCGCAACGACGUAGAAAACCCGUAGUAGAUUGAAAUUUGUGCGUAAAUUUCUAUUUUCAUCGUUAACAACAGGAUACGAGAGAAAAUUUAUACCGCAAGACAAAAGGCGAAGGAAUAAAAUAAUGCCUAGCGUUGGAUGAGAUAUGAGCUUUUAAGAAGACUUGAUGAAUUCUAUGGCUUCACGAGUGUUACCUUGAAGUUGUUUCUACAACACACGCAACGUAACCACCAAAAAAAGAACAAAUUGUAGUCUGGAGACCUUCCGACGACAUUCUCCAACUUUCAUCCAAACUAGUGAACGGAAAUGGAAAUAAAAAGGAAGACAAGAACACUUUUUCUUCGAGUUGCCAUGUUAAUAGUGUACCUCACAUCGGGUGCAGCGAUUUUUUCGGCACUAGAGCACGAUAGGCAAUCAACCGGUGCUCACUUUGCAUCGAAAAUCGAUCAGUUAAAGGAGAAUAUGACGCAAAGAUUUAACGAAACCAUGGAUGUUCUCGAGCAAUAUGUUGAGGAGCUUCGUUUUCUGUUUGAAAAGGCGCACAGAUGCAAAUACAGCCACAACGACUGGAGUUAUUAUCAGUCGCUGUACUUUGUUGGAAGCGUAACAACUACAAUUGGAUAUGGACACCUAGCACCCAAAACACAAGGAGGUCGGCUGUUUCUAAUCUUUUUCGCCCUUUUUGGCAUUCCACUGAAUCUUUUAACCCUACAAUCCAUUGGUGAACACAUUAACUAUGGCAUUCAUUUGCUGAUCAAAUACUUCGAAAAAGCUGCGUUCAAGCGAGAGUUACCAACACACGAACACAUCAAAUGCUUCGCCAUAAACGCCCUUCUCAUUACACUCUGGAUUCCUCUUGGAGGUAUCAUGUAUUACUAUUCUGAACGAGAAUUUGGCUGGACUUACCUAGACUGCGUUUACUAUUGUUUUGUCGCGCUAAGCACGAUUGGCUUCGGGGAUCUGGUACCGAAUGAAGGCAAAGAGCCAGACUCGUCUUACGAACGAGGCAUGUGGAUAGUGCGUGUGAUGUACUUGGCCCUAGGCCUCUCGCUGUUAUCAAGUGUUUUCACUUCCGUGCUGAGCGCAGCAAAGGAAAUUCAAGGUGUAAUACCAUGUAAACGAGGGACGGAAAAUCAACCAUCGCCAAAACUUUGUAGACAUUUCAAGUUCGAGAGAGAAAGGCCGUCUACAAAGUCCUACUGCAAUUCUACCAUAAGUACAAGCGUCGAAGAACUGAAUUGCCCUCACAACUGCGUCAGAGAAGAACGCCCGGAUACAGUUGAACAUAGAAACGAAACUAAAACUAAGUCGCGUGAAGAUGGAUCCAGCAAAGAAAAUGAUAAUAAAUUAGAGACGAAAACAAAAAGUGAAGAUAUGGAAUAGAAAAAAAAAAUGAGAUAAUGAAGACUAGACCUACUAGGCGGGUGUAAAGCACUUCCACUUAAAUAUUAGACAUGUUUUUAAAUUAAUUGAGAAGAAUUAAAUUUGAUUUAAAAAUC